UUUUUUUUAUUCUGAUCGUUCCACAGAGUCAAGACAUUGCAUUACGUUGAUCAGUUAGAAUCUGAUUUCGUAAAAUAUGCUUAGCUCAAAUCUGACGUAAUAUUACAUUCGUAUCUACUCCCAGACGACAAGUCUAGAGUAGGAUGUGGGCUUGGACCUGGAGAUCGGGAGAAUAAUUAAUCUACGGAUCCAUCCCCGGCAUGUCGUCCCCCGCCUCAAUCAGCACACUCAUAUCGUUUACCGUUGACCCCAGAGUUUCUCCUCCGCUCAACUGGAGCGUACGUGGGUGCGAGUUGGAGUUAUCCAGGCUCCCCUGCAGCAUCAAUGCAUCAUUGAUGCGGGGAAAGGAAGGAAACGAGCUGCUACGCUACCCCACAGCUUUGGGGAAGCUUAAAGCUAUAAAAGCUAUAAAGGCUAACGUGGUAAAUAUUAUAAGCCAUUGUGUAAGUCUCCAAAGCGUCUUGAGGUUCUUCAAGAAUUAAAUAUGGCACUUUUAUUAGGGUCAGCCAUAUGGCUUCUGAGCUCGGGGGUUUUAGCUGCCGGGCACAUAUACCCAGACUGCGGAAACGGACCUCUAGCUUCCAAUGAUGUUUGUAACAAGGAACUCUCCGUUGGAGAACGAGCAAAAGCCUUGGUUGCGGCCCUCAAAACCGAGGAGAAGUAUGGUCUGUUGGUCAGCACAUCGCUCGGAGUUGAGAGACUAGGACUGCCUAGCUAUGAAUGGUGGCAGGAGGCUCUUCAUGGAGUGGCGUCUUCUCCAGGUGUCACAUUCUCAGACUCCGGCAACUUUUCCUAUGCAACAUCCUUCCCGCAGCCAAUUCUCAUGGGCGCUGCAUUUGAUGAUGAGCUUAUCGAAGCCGUGGCAACUGUCGUCAGCACUGAAGCUCGGGCAUUCAACAACUUCAAUCGAUCGGGAUUGGACUACUGGACUCCAAACAUCAACCCAUACCGUGACCCUCGAUGGGGGCGUGGCCAAGAGACACCUGGCGAGGACCCCUAUCAUCUGAGCUCUUACGUGACCGCUCUAAUAAAAGGUCUCCAAGGAGGAGAGGACCCUGACACCCUCAAAGUGAUCGCCACUUGCAAGCACUUCUCCGCAUAUGAUAUUGAAGAUUGGCUAGGGAAUGAGCGUUAUGAAUUUGACGCAAUUAUCGGUCCCCAAGAAUUAGCCGAGUAUUAUAUGCCCCCGUUUGAGGCUUGCGCCCGCGCAAAUGUCGGUUCUAUCAUGUGCUCGUACAAUGCUCUAAAUGGUGUUCCAACUUGUGCGAGUUCGUAUAUUCUCCAAGACAUCCUUAGGGAUCACUGGAAUUGGACACGCGACUAUCAAUAUGUUGUCUCGGACUGCGAUGCUAUUCAAAAUGUUUACAAGCCUCACAAUUGGCGGGAUACUCGCGAGGCAUCUGCUGCCAGCUCCCUCUUGGCGGGGACUGAUCUCAACUGCGGCACCUAUUAUCAAAUACAUUUACCCGCGGCUUACGAACAAGGUCUUAUUAAUGAUACUGUCCUCGACCUAUCUGUCACGCGACUGUACGCGUCGCUUAUCAAAUUAGGCUACUUCGAUCCGGAUGACUCUAACAAAUACCGUUCUCUCAGCUUCUCUGAUGUGUUCACCCCCGACGCUGAAAACCUUGCUCGGAAGGCUGCAGAAAAGGGUAUUGUGCUGAUCAAGAAUGAUGGCACCCUUCCUCUCCAAAUAUCUACGGCGAGCAAUCUUACUGCUGCUUUUAUCGGACCCUGGGCAAACGCAACAACAGAUAUGCAGGGAAAUUAUCAAGGUGUUGCCAAGUAUCUACACUCGCCAUACUACGCAGCUAGCCAAGCCCCAAAUAUUAAUGCUAUAUACGGAGGCGUCCCGGGUGACCCGAUAACCAACGGCUACCCACAAGCUCUGGAGGCAGCAGCAGAUGCAGAUAUCAUCAUCUAUGUAGAUGGACCAACGACAGCGAGCGAAUCUGAAGGUGACGACCGCACGCUGAUCCGCUGGUCCGGCGAGAAUAUCGAUAUAAUGACCCAUCUAGCCAGUCUAGGCAAGCCAUUUGUCCUCGUGCAGAUGGGUGGCCAGCGCGAUGAUGCACCCUUCAUCAACCACCCCAACGUUUCCGCCAUUCUCUGGGGCGGUUACCCAGGCCAAUCCGGUGGCGAUGCUAUCUUGAACGUGUUAACAGGCAAAGUUGCCCCCGCCGGCCGUUUACCUGUAACGCAGUACCCAGCGCAUUACGUUAACGAUGUACCUAUGACAGACAUGAGUCUUCGUCCCGACCCAAAGACCGGUAAUCCCGGCCGUACAUACAUGUGGUAUGACAAGGCAACGGUACCUUUCGGAUUCGGCCUUCACUACACCAACUUCAGCGCCUCUAUAGCCGCGCCCGAAACCGAAAAUGACGUGUGGGCCAUCGCAGACCUAACAAGCGCCCUCGCUACCACAGCGCACAAAGACCAAGCCCCAUUCCAGACCAUCCCCGUGACAGUGUCUAAUACCGGCGCCACGACGUCCGACUUCGUCGUCCUAGGCUUCAUUGCUGGCACGCACGGGCCCAGGCCAUACCCCAUCAAGCGCCUCGUCGCGUACAAGCGGCUGCACGACAUCGCGGCCGGCGAGCAGCAGACCGCGAACCUAACGUUAUCGCUCGGGAGCUUAGCGCGCCGCGACGAGGAUGGCAAUUUGGUGUUGUACCCUGGUGAUUAUAGCUUGCUGGUGGAUGUGCCGACGCAGGCGGCUUGGAACUUUACGCUGAAGGGCGAGCCGGUCGUGUUGGAUGAGUGGCCGCAGGAUACGGGGAAGUGAGAAGUAUGGAGGUGGUGAAUGCGAGAGGUAUGGUAGAGCUGAAGGGGUUAUCUUGAUAAUACAGAUUAUAGUUGAGAAUCGUAUAAUGCGAAGGAAUUGGUCAAGACAUGAUUCGAUAAUAUUGCUCACCGUUUCUCUUGUGAGAAGCAUAUAUUUAUUUUAAUAUCUACCCCGAUACGCCUUUUUGUAGGCCUCAGACGUAUUCAGGGCUGUGCUCUCAUCAUUCCAUUCUGAGGCAAUCUGGAGAGGAGUUUCACCUC